GACGAGAGGGAUCAGUCAAUGGCCAUCCUCGUCGCAGUGGUCGAACGCUGGAAUGACACCCAUCUUCAAUGGAACCCUUCCGAUUAUGAUGGGAUUCGGGAAACCGUAACCCUCUACGAAUCCGCUUGGGUUCCGGAUAACAUCCUUUACAAUAGCGCAUCCGAGACAUACUUGAAAGGAAUUGUGACAACGAACCUCAUCUUGGAAUAUACCGGGGAAGUGAUGCUUGAGAUGGUGGCACACUUCCGCUCCUCUUGCAACAUUAACGCCAAGGGUUUCCCAUUCGACAAACAGACGUGCACACUGCUCUUCAUGUCCCUUACCCAGGACCAAGAUAAGGUCUGUGCAUUAGUCACUUUGUCAUCGUUUAGACCAGUGGUUCCCAAACCUCCUUGUACUCGCUUUGAACCUUCAAGCUUCCAGUGGUACGCCUGCAACAUUUUGGGAACCGCUGGUUUAGACCAAUCCACAAUGCUUGUCACCGAUCAGAUCCAGAUGAGAGUACCGAAUGACCGUGGAGCCGAGCUUGUGGCAUACAAAGAGAGCGCAGAGUUCAAGUUGGAGUUAAUUACGGUUGCGCAUAGGAACUAUACAGAUCCUUGCUGUAUUCUUCCCUUCUCUGCUGUGGAGUACUCCAUCACCCUCUCCAGAAAGGGAAUGUUCUUUCUCGUCAUCAACCACAUCCUCCCGAUGGUCGUCAUCAAUAUCAUCGGGAGAUACUCCUGCGUGUGCAUCUGUCUGGUUGGAUUGGAGGUGGGCUUGAGCAUCUUCACGCUUUAUCUUCAUUUGGAGGGCGUCCCUUUCCCCCGGAGCAUGCAGAAGUUCUGUCAGCUUUUGGCCAGAAUGCCCUUCAUGAGAAUGUCGCAAUUCAUAGAGGUUGAAAACGGAAAGGAGAAGAAGAUGAAGAAGAAGGGCAAAGACAUGGUAGAGAUGAAGGAGGCUGGGGCUGAAAGACUCUCCUUUCGGCUUUUCUUCGACGAUCUGGUUCGAAUUUCCAAAAAACAGUCCACAAAUGCUACCCACGGCAAUGAGCGGGAAACAGAGAUCUCGCCUAACAAUGACGAGCAGCAGAUUCAGGAGCGGAAGGAGGAGCCGAGGAUGAUUCGAGGACAACCGGUUUUCCGGGCCCACCUGGAGAAUUGGAGAAUCGCCUCUAAGAUCCUGGAUCGGUUCUUUCUCUUCCUCUUCGCGUUUCACAUGUGGUAUCUCUUACCCCUCUUCUUUGCUCGUCGCGUCACAAUCUGCUUCAGGGUCAGCAACAUUGUUGCUCUCCCUGUUCCUAUAUUCAAGAGAAACAUGUUCACCUAA